UGGAGGCAGAGGCUGUCCAGCCCUCGGACUCCCUCAACAAUGACCUCAUUGCAAAUGACAGCCCCGGGAGGAUGGUUCCCCUCCUAGCCUACUGGAGCGGGAGGCAUGACGCCACCUAGCUGGGUCGGUCCAGGCCACUUUGGAUUGGCUGCUGGGGCUGGCAGGGACCCCCCCUCCCCUCCUGCUCUCACCCACAUAAGAACCCAGAGCUCUGCAGUCAGCCGCCCACAGCUGGUGGUGUGCCCCUUUGAGUGGAUCGGCCAGUCGUGCUCUCCUGAAACUCCAGCUACCAGAGAGGAGUCAUGGGCUUCGGGAAGUCCUCCUCAUUCUUGGCUUUCAGCAUCUUGGUCCUGUGCCAGGCAGGCAGCCUCCAGGCGGCACCACUCAGGUCCGCUUUGGAGAGCCUCCCUGACCCCGCGACGCUCAGUGAGAAGGAAGGACGCCUCCUCCUGGCUGCGCUGGUGAAGGCCUAUGUACAGAGGAAGGCUGAGGAGCUGGAGGAAGAGCAGGAGACAGAGGACUCCAGUGUCACCGUCCAGAAGAGAUCCUGCAACACUGCCACUUGUGUGACCCACCGGCUGGCAGGCCUGCUGAGCAGGUCUGGCGGUGUGGUGAAGAGUGGCUUCGUGCCCACAGAUGUGGGCUCUGAAGCUUUUGGCCGUCGCCGUAGACACCUGCAGGCCUGAGAAGCAACAGGACUCGAGGAAGAAGGUUGCCAUGAAGCUGAACUCACCACUUCUAUUUAUUUCUCUGGACAACAACUUGGUGAGGAGGCCCAUGGAAGAUAUACACAUGUGCAUCCUAAUAGAUAUUGAUUAAAAGCAUCUUUGUCACUUGAAAGGAAUGAAACAUAAUGCAAGAAUAAGCUCAUUCCAUAUCCAUCUACAUCUUUUUUACAGUCAGUUCUUUUUGUGCCCUAACUGCGAUGGCGUCUCUCCCAGGCUUAUCUGGUAGCAAACUGUCCUGUGAGAGCCACCCUAGUGAUGAUGGCCGCUCUAGCAGGUCUUAAGGACCCAUGGAAUCACUGGGCCUCUCGUGGUCUCUGGGGAGACACAGGACAGGUGACGAAAGGCCUGGUUGUCUAAGAUGAUUAUUGUAUUAUUUGUUUGAGCGAAUGUCAAUAUUCUGCAUUUGUGAACUUCAUCAAGAUUAAAGACAUA